AUGGUGAAGCCCAAGUACAAAGGACGGAGCACCAUCAACCCUUCCAACGCCAGCACGAACCCUGACCGAGUGCAGGGAGCAGGAGGCCAAAACAUGAGGGACAGGGCCACAAUCCGGCGCCUGAAUAUGUACAGGCAGAAGGAACGCAGGAACAAUCGUGGUAAAGUGAUUAAGCCACUGCAAUACCAGUCAACAGUGGCUUCUGGCACAGUGGCAAGAGUGGAGCCGAAUAUCAAGUGGUUUGGAAACACACGUGUGAUUAAGCAGUCAUCAUUACAAAAGUUUCAAGAGGAAAUGGAUACAGUUAUGAAGGAUCCAUACAAAGUUGUCAUGAAGCAAAGCAAGUUACCAAUGUCUCUUCUCCAUGAUCGAAUCCAGCCUCAUCCUCAUAAUUCAAAAGUGCACAUUCUUGAUACUGAAAGUUUUGAAACGACAUUUGGCCCUAAAGCACAGAGGAAGUGACCGAAUUUAGUUGCGAGUGAUGUGCAUUCUCUGCUGGAAAAAGCUGAGACGUCCACUGAGAGCUAUGAUCAGGGCAAGGAUCGGGACCUGGUGACUGUGGACACUGGCGUAAGAAAUGAAGCCCAAGAAGAAAUAUAUAAAAAAGGACAAUCCAAAAGAAUAUGGGGUGAACUCUACAAGGUAAUAGAUUCAUCAGAUGUUGUUGUCCAAGUUCUUGAUGCCAGAGAUCCUAUGGGUACCCGUUCCCCUCACAUUGAGACUUAUCUGAAAAAGGAAAAACCUUGGAAACACCUCAUUUUUGUUCUUAACAAAUGUGAUCUUGUUCCAACCUGGGCAACAAAACGUUGGGUUGCUGUCCUCUCCCAGGAUUAUCCGACACUUGCUUUCCAUGCAAGUCUUACUAACCCCUUUGGCAAAGGAGCAUUUAUUCAGCUUUUACGGCAGUUUGGAAAGUUACACACUGACAAGAAACAGAUCAGCGUCGGGUUCAUCGGCUAUCCAAAUGUUGGCAAGAGCUCUGUGAUAAACACAUUACGUUCCAAGAAAGUUUGCAACGUGGCUCCCAUUGCAGGUGAAACCAAGGUCUGGCAGUACAUCACUUUAAUGCGUCGGAUAUUCCUCAUUGACUGUCCAGGUGUGGUUUACCCGUCUGAGGAUUCAGAGACAGACAUCGUGCUGAAAGGAGUGGUUCAAGUUGAAAAAAUUAAGAGUCCUGAAGACCACAUUGGUGCUAUACUUGAACGAGCAAAGCCUGAAUAUAUCAGCAAGACAUAUAAGAUUGAUUCUUGGGAGAAUGCUGAAGACUUCCUUGAGAAGCUAGCUUUCCGGACUGGGAAACUAUUAAAGGGUGGUGAGCCGGACUUGCAGACAGUGAGUAAGAUGGUCCUUAACGACUGGCAGAGGGGCCGGAUACCUUUCUUUGUCAAGCCUCCCAAUGCAGAGCCCUCCGCAGCUCCACAGCUCCCAUGCACCUCGCCUUUGAAAGUAGCUACAGAAACAACCCAGGCCAACCCAGAAGAGGAAGACACCAACACUGUGGAUGAAGUGACAGAAUCUGUCCCUGAGAAGGAAAAAGGGCCAAGUGAUUAUAGUGACACCAGCUCGGAGAUGCAGCAGAUCCUCGCCCGGGUUCGGCAGAACUUUGGCAAGAUCAAUGUUGCGCCUCAGUUUUCUGGGGAUGACCUGGUUCCUUUGGAGAUGUCAGACAUCGAGGAAGAACUUGAGAGCUCUGCAGACGAUGAGGAGGAACAGGAGCAGCGAGGGGAUGAGGAGGCAGAGUCCUUCCUGGAGUACCAGGAGGAGCCUGUGGUCAAUGACACCAAAGCAGUUAUUAAAGCCCUGGAUGAAAAGAUUGCUAAAUACCGGAAGUUUUUAAACAAAGCUAAAGCUAAAAAGUUUUCAGCAGUCAGAAUAUCCAAGGGGCUCAGUGAAAAGGUCUUUGCAAAAUCCGAAGAACAAGAAGAUGUAGAAGAUAAAGCACCACCUCCCAAGAAGGGAAUAAAGAGAAAGGCACAGAGAGAAGAGGAGGAUUCAAACAAAGCUCGCAGAGUGCUCACAUCUAAGGAAAAGAGGAGAGCAGCACGGCAGCAGCAUUCCAAAAAAGUUGGUGUGCGUUACUACGAAACACACAACGUGAAAAACAGGAACAGGAACAAAAAGAAGACCAGUGACUCAGAAAGACAAGGACAGAAACACAAACACAAAAAAUUCAAGAAUAAGUCCUAA